AUGAAUGGCUCACGUGGAAUUUCUUUCAUAGGGAGCGUUGCGCUUUUGGUUUCGUCCAUGACUGGACCGGGACUUGUGACAAUUCCUUUACUCUUUCAAACUUCAGGAUGGUUAUUACCUACGAUUAUGUUUGCUAUCGCCAUGUCACUUGGUGCUUCUGCUUCUUUACUUUUAUGUGAAGCAUUAACGACAAUUCAUGGAAAUGAAAGAUUUCAACGUAAAAUCGAAUUUACUCAUUUAUCAAAUCUUUUAAUCCACAAUCGCAAAGUGCGAAUAGUUGUGCAAAUUAUUUUGUAUUUGGCUAUUGAGUCGAUUAUUAUCGCUUCAAUUAUAUUGUCAGCUCAAGCUAUGGAUUGGAUGUUAUUGAAGCUAACCGGUAGAACUUGUGGAUUUAGUCUUCAUCCAGAUUUAGGAUUCAUAUGUGUAGACGAAGAGACCAAUGAGAAUAGUCCUUUCGGUUCGAAUUAUAUGCUAGCCACUUCUGGAUUUAUGAUUACGUUGGCAUUUUGUGUUCCUUUGGCAUUUUUGGAUUUGGUUGAUAAUAUCAUUGUGCAAAUAGCUUCUUUCGGGGCUCUCGUUUUUAUUAUAAUCACGUGGAUCGUUACAUUCAUUCUUACCGGAUUGACUAAAGAUUAUAUUCCAUUGGUCAGCAAUGAUCAGAGUCAGGUUGUUGGAACAGUAUUAUUUAACUAUGCGUUUAUCACCACCAUUCCAAGCUGGGUUAACGAUCUACGACCUGACGUUUGUAUCAAAAAAUCUAUAUGGUAUUCUGUGAUAAUAAGCACAACAUCAUACAUUGCAUUAGGAAUAUUAGGAGGAAUGGCAUAUCAAAUGGGUUUAGCUUCAAAUAUUAUAGCAGAAAUUAAUGCAUCGUCACAUCGAAAUUUCGUGACGGAUAUCGCAACUUUUGUAUUCCCGGUUGCGGUUUUAUUAACGAGCAUUCCAGUAGAAUUUAUUGUCGUUCGUUAUAAUUUGGUUAGAUCCGGUUUUUGUGAAAAAGGAAUGGCAAACGUAUUGUCGAUAUUACUACCUUGGCUGAUUGUUAUACCAUUUCAAACAGGAUAUUGGUUAAAUAUAUUUACAAAUUGGGCCAGUUUAUUAUUUACUAGCACGAAAAUUGAUCAUCGGGAAAAAGAUUUAGAAUCAACACCGGAAAAGGAAAAUAAAACAAAACAAUCAAAUGAAUCUCUUGUUACUACAGAAAUUGUAAAUCCUUCUCCGAAACUCAAUGUUUCUGGUACUAUUGAUACUAUAAAUGAAAAGAUCAAUGAUAAUGUUUCAAAAAUAUUAUCUAGAAAAAGCUCAUCAAAUUCUGGAUAUGAAUUUACUCUUAUCAAUGAUAUUGAUGAAAUCUAUUCGAACCAACCUUCAAAAAAUUCUUUUGUCGCUUUCCCUAUUCAAAGGAAAAAAAGAAUAAUUAUUUCUGUGGUUGCGGGAAUUACUUCUAUUAUUUUGGUUGGUGCAAUUAUUACUUAUGAUCUUGUUGAAUUAUCGCUUGGUCAUAACGUAUUUGAUUUAAAUGAAGAUAAUUAA